ACCCGGUCCGCCGUUGGUGUACGAUGGAAGGUGGAUUCCUUAGUUACUAUGAAAAUGAGAAGAAUGCUACACCCAUAGGCCGGGUUGACGCCAGCGAUGUGGUGAGCCUGGCCAUCAACAACACUGAGAACAUCACCGAAACGGGGCCAGUGUUCACCUUUGAGUUGUACCUGCGCUCUCAGAGAGUGCUGGUGUUCGGAGCGGAGACCUCAGACGCACAGCAGGAUUGGACACAUGCCAUCGCCAAGGUUACACUCACUCGAACACAUAAAAUAACUCUUAAAAGAUUUAGCGCAACUUCAACAUUGCAGGG